GUGAACUAACUCUUUAAAUUUUAAUCAAAACAUUUUUAGACGGGGCGUGGCUCUGACGCUGCGUGAGUUAAUGGGCGUGGCUUUCCAUCAUCACUCUAUACUUGACAGUAUCUGAAGAAGAAGCUGAGUUCAUCUGUGGCUUUUACCAGUUCUUUUCUUUGGAGAAAAACACUUCAGUUAUACAUUUCUAUUCACGUUAUUAAUUUUUAUUAUUAUUAUUUUUUAAAUACGUUCAGUUUGUUUUCUUUCUCAUAUGUGGAACUAAAUGGGAAGGUAAAGCGUGUAACAACCUGUGCUUGUGUUUAGUGAGAAAGACGAGCACCGUUUCGAAGUAACAUGACAGCUGUUUGACCUAACUUUUGAGCAUUAUUAUAUAAACUUUUUAAGAGCGCGUGCCUCUUACAAACUGUAAUCCUUCAACAAUGAUCAAUGGAUAAGCUGUGAUAGCCUACAUAAGACUACUCAUGUGCUACAAACUGUACAAAAAGUAGGUCAGUGCGUUUAUGAUCCGGGUGUUUAUUUGCUGUUUUUAAGUUACCAUGCAGAAAGAACAUUUGUUCAAAGUUCUAGUCAUCGGAGACCUCGGAGUUGGAAAAACGUCAAUAAUCAAGCGAUACGUUCAUCAGAUAUUUUCUCAACAUUAUCGCGCGACUAUUGGAGUGGAUUUUGCUCUUAAAGUCCUUCACUGGGACAGUCAGACGGUGGUCCGGCUGCAGUUAUGGGACAUAGCAGGACAGGAACGCUAUGGGAACAUGACAAGGGUUUACUAUCGGGAGGCCGUGGGAGCCCUCAUAGUAUUUGACGUGACCAGAGCCUCCACGUUUGAUGCGGUGCUGAAAUGGAAAGACGACCUGGACAUAAAGGUCACUCUCAGCAAUGGCAAACCUGUCCCAGCUGUGCUUCUAGCCAACAAGUCUGACCAAUCACGUGAAGGGCUGCGGUCCCAGAUUCCAAAGCUUGAUACGUUCUGCAAAGAGAAUGGAUUUGUGGGAUGGUUUGAGACCUCUGCAAAGGAGAACACAAACAUUGAGGCUGCAGCUAAAUGUCUGGUGGAGCACAUUUUAGCCCAUGAGGAGAACAUCAUCAACAACACAGACCCAGAUGUGGUGGCCCUCCCCGGGUACAACAACAACACCAAAGAACGGGUCCGAGGCAGAUGCACGGCGUGUUCCAAAUUCUAAACACAGGACGAUUGAAUGUCAGCGAGAAAGAAAUGAAAACAUAUAGCAGAUUUAAAAGGACUCAGCCUUUUGAUGAUACCCAAAACAAUGAGAUUCAUCUUGGCAAGACAAGAAUUGCAACAAAAUGGCGGAGACUGUGAAGAAGGAUUGUGCUGAUUAUAUGUAGCGUGAAAUCUCACAUAAUUAGACACUGUGUUGGAGGCGCUUCACUCAUCAGUGUUCUGUUUACAGGUGAAUGCUCUGCGAUUUUAGCCAGACUCAAGUCUAGGUCAAAUAUGCAUUUCUUAAUGUGUUUAUGUGUGGACACUUUGUAAGCAUGUAAUAUUUAUUAAAAAGUGGCCUCUGAUUCAGUUAAAUAAGA